AAAAGAGAGUAAGAAUGGCCAUAGAAUUAGUGUGUCAGGUCAGUUUCGGUUUGGCUCUAUUGCUAAGUACCCAGCUGGCAAUAGCAGCGCCACCUAUGUCGAAGCCGAACUGUAAAGAUCAUUGCGGAAAUAUUACCAUUCCAUACCCCUUCGGAAUGGGUAAAGAUUGUUAUUUGAACAAAUGGUUUGAGAUUGAGUGCAACGAAAGUGCCUACUCUUCUAGAGCUUUUAUAAGUAGAACAAAAAUGGAGGUCUUCCAUUUUGAAGUUUAUGGCGGCGUUAUCGUCAAAAGUCCAGUGAUAUACUCCAACUUUGCCGGCAGGGAGAGCAAUGUGCCUAUCAACUUGACAGGAAGUCCUUUCUAUCUUUCCGACCGGAAUUCCUUCAUUGGAGUAGGUUGCAACACCCGUGCUUUAUUGAUGGAUGAGCCAAUCCGAAGCGUUGGGUGCGACUUAAGAUGCCAUGGCCAGAAAGGCAUUGAUUCCCGAGAAAUGCUUCCUAAACUUGUAACAACUGAUUCCUUUGGAAAUAAUUACAUAGGGAGGGAUUGUAAUGGCACCGAUUGCUGCAAGAUUAAAGAUUGUUUUCAAUCCACUGAUCAGGUUUUCAAUCCAAUUUUAAAGGAUAUAGAUGGGAAUCAAAGCACAGACGGUUGCAAACUGGCAUUUUUGGCUUUUGAUGUGGUGAUACAAGAUCAUUCCUAUGUCCAGUAUCUGAUGAUCCUAGAGUGGACGGUGAAUUCUACCCUCGCGGAUGCUGUUGACAUGGCAACCGUGGAUUGCUUCUACUACUCUGAUGUCCAUGCGUCAGAAUCACAGUUCCAAUGUCGAUGCAAAAAUGGGUAUGAGGGAAAUGCUUACAUUGGAUGCACAGAUAUUGAUGAAUGCAAAAUGCAACAGGAUGACCUUUGCUCAGGAAUAACAAAAUGCGUAAAUACUCAUGGAUCAUAUGACUGUGUGAUCGAUCCAAAAUGGAUUAUCAUUAUAAGUAUUUGUGUUGGCAUUCCAGUAAUGUUUGUGCUUAUACUAGGCGCAAAGUGGUUAUAUAAAUCUAUACAGAAAAGAAAGAAGAUCAAGCAGAGGGAAAAGUUAUUCAAGAGAAUGUUACACCAACAAAUAUGUUCAAGCCAAGGCAAUGUUGAGAAGGCCAAAAUAUUCAGUUUAAAAGAGUUGAAAAAGGCAACCGAUCACUUUAAUGUGAAUAGAAUUAUAGGCCAAGGUGGCCAAGGUACUGUUUAUAAAGGAAUGUUGGUGGACGGAAGAAUUGUUGCAGUUAAGAAAUCCAAGAUAGUAGAUGAAGCAAAACUUGAACAAUUCAUUAAUGAAGUUGUCAUUUUAUCACAAAUUAAUCACAGGAAUGUGGUAAAGCUAUUUGGAUGUUGCUUAGAGACAGAGGUUCCUAUGCUUGUCUAUGAAUUCAUCUCCAAUGGAACACUUUCUAGGUAUCUACAUGACCAAGAUGAGGAAUUUCCAUUGUUAUGGGCAAAACGUCUGCAAAUUGCCAUAGAAAUUUCAGGAGCACUUUCCUACUUGCAUUCAGCAGCUCCUAUACCAAUAUUUCAUAGGGAUAUCAAGUCGACAAACAUACUCUUGGAUGAAAAGUAUAGGGCGAAAGUAUCAGAUUUUGGAAUUUCAAGAUCAGUUGCAAUUGGCCAAACUCAUCUUACAACUAAUGUACAUGGCACUUUUGGGUACUUAGAUCCGGAAUAUUUUCGUUCAAGUCAAUUUACAGAGAAAAGUGAUGUUUAUAGUUUUGGUGUGGUGCUUGUUGAGUUGUUGACUGGACGAGAACCAAUUUAUUCAGAAAAGUCCGAAGAACUAAUUAGUUUAGCAACGAGUUUUAUUCAAAUGAUGGAAAAUAACAAAAUUUUUGAGAUAAUUGACCCUCGAAUUAUUGAGCAAUUGUCUAUUAAAGAAGAAAUCAUGGUUGUUGCUAACCUUGCAAAGAGAUGCUUGAACAUCAAUGGAAAGAAACGCCCUACAAUGAGACAAGUGACAAUGGAGUUGGAGGCAAUCUGGUUUUCAAACGAAGAUGCAUGUGUUGAAGAAAACAAGGAAGAAAAUGAAUUAGCGCUCCACGACAUUUCUGCUGCAUCUACUUCGACAUGCUUAAGUUUUGCUGCCAAUAGGGCUUUAUCAAUCGACAUUAAAUCAUUGGCUUCUGAAAGUACUUGGUAAUUAAGAAUGUCACUAGCAUUCCUUUUCCAUGUUGGGGAACUUGAAAAUAAGAUAUUUGUUUUUGGAGCUAGGAUUUUGGCUUUCACCUGGAAGUUACAUUGCCUUUUUCUUUUGAUA